AUGACUCAAGUUUGUAUACAGCCGAACAAAACUUACGACACACUCGGAACGGAAAAGUGUGGUGAUGUCCCUCAGUCUCCCUCACCCUCCCUCACCCAACCAACUCCCUGCUCGACGAUAUUGCUCCAACGGUUCCCCGUGAGGUCUGGAAGUUCUAACAACAAGACAGGCAGUUCACAGCCCAGAGGGCCUGGAUCGACGAGCAGGCUGUUGUCACCAGCCAUUGCCGGGGGACCCCGAGGGAGGAGUCUUUCUGCAUCUUUUCAACGACCUUCUGGUUCCGGUACACCUAGGCCAUCUGGAAGCAGGAAUAGCAGUAUCCGGCGAGAGCGCUCACCUCUGGGAACAAUCCCAUCAGUUCAACCAGGGAGUGGCCACUCAGCCUCUCACACUGUCGUUGAUGGGCUUAGCGGUAGCGGUAGGGUCGUUUUGCAGACUCCAUCUGAAGCAUCUCUUGAUGAGCAUAUCACAAUUGGUGUGCGCCGCCGGAGAACAGACUCUGAUGAUGGCUUUGACAUGACUCAGUCGCUAUCACCCUCACAGGCGAAAAAGCUCAAGAUGUAUGCGAACCAAGUCGCUGAGGAGACUGGAUGCCCACAGGAGGUUCUACACAAAUUCAUUGAUGCCGGAUCCAUCUUUCACAUGCUCAUUGAUUUGAAAGCCGCCUCAUACAAGAGGAACGAGGAUCAAGAAAAGGCCGCUCUCCUCGAGUUGAAAGAAUUGAUUGAUUCCAAGGAUUUCAAGUCGGCGCUUCAGAGUCGUUUAACAGCCUGUCUCCUGUCGCCAAACAUUACCGCUUAUGUCACCGACACGCACACAAACAUCAUGGAGUUUAUCAAGAAUCAUCGUGAAGUGUUCAAAUUGCCGGCUGCGCUGAUUCAAGAUGUCGAGCUUUUGGCACAGCUCUCGAAGAUCGUCAGCGAAUUGCUCUCAUCUAUUCGUGGCAACCUCAAGGCCAAGUUGGUCGCAUCGAUCGCCAAACGCAUGAGCAUUAUGGACACAGCUAAGUCACUCGCUCAUGGAAUAAUUGAGGUGGAAGCUGGUCAUUGGAAUAGAUACGCGUUUUUGCGGCGCUGCUUGAGAAUCUUCUUGAUCGGAGUCGGCGACUACAAAGCUAUCCCACUUGAGGACCUUUACUCAACCUCGCUCGAACCUUCUCUUCAUGCAGACCUCCGCGCCAAAAUUACAAUGGCACUCGAUUGCGAAGCAGACAUGGACGCAGAUGAGGAUGACCAGCAGCACGCAGAACGUGCUGAAGACGACAUGGACCAUACGAAUGACAAAGGUUCCGAAGGAGAACUUGGCGUGAGCAACGAGGCUGAUGAUGAUGGUAACCUUGGAGGGGGAGAGCACGCGAUGGACAACGGAGAGGAGGAACAGAAUCAGGAUGAAGAAACCAUCCAGCAAGAACCUGAAGGCAACGAGGACGACGAUGCCGGUUCUGGAUUCAUCAAGGGAAAGAACGGCAAACCUCCCAAGUUCACCUCCGCAAAAUUCUGGAAUUAUGUGGAUUGCUCGCUCGAAGCUGUCCGCCAAGCUGCGAGGGAAGAGGCAGGACCAGAUUAUGCAAAGUCAGCUCGCGGCAUAUACGAAAACGCAGUACGAAACAUACUUGUUGAAUACUUUCAAAUGGACCUUGUCGAGUUUCCAGGGAGCAUGGUCGUUCCUAAGCUCCUGAAAACAACUAGUCCCCAGUGGCAGACGACUAUUCAGGACUCGUUGCUUUGGGGCUGA